CGGCGGCGGACGGCGGGCGGCGGGCGGCGGGCGGCGGGAGUCUGCGCCCUGGGUCCUGACCCGCGUCCCGGGCGGCGGCGGCAUGGCCUUCAUGGAGAAGCCGCCGGCCGGCAAGGUGCUGCUGGAUGACACGGUGCCGCUGACGGCGGCCAUCGAGGCGAGCCAGAGCCUGCAGUCGCACACGGAAUACAUUAUUCGAGUACAAAGAGGAAUUUCUGUAGACAACAGCUGGCAGAUUGUUAGAAGAUACAGUGACUUUGAUUUACUGAACAACAGCUUGCAGAUUGCAGGCCUAAGUCUACCUCUUCCUCCCAAAAAAUUGAUUGGAAACAUGGAUCGUGAAUUCAUAGCUGAGAGGCAGAAAGGUCUUCAGAACUAUCUCAAUGUUAUCACCACAAAUCAUAUCUUGUCUAACUGUGAGCUGGUUAAGAAGUUUUUAGAUCCAAACAACUAUUCUGCAAACUACACUGAAAUUGCCUUACAACAGGUUUCCAUGUUCUUCCGAUCAGAACCAAAGUGGGAGGUGGUGGAACCGUUGAAAGACAUAGGCUGGAGGAUUAGGAAAAAAUACUUCUUGAUGAAGAUUAAAAAUCAACCAAAGGAACGGCUGGUGUUAAGCUGGGCUGAUCUUGGCCCUGACAAAUACUUGUUGGAUAAAGAUUUUCAGUGUCUGAUCAAACUUCUGCCUUCCUGUUUGCACCCUUAUGUUUACCGGGUUACUUUUGCCACAGCUAAUGAAUCCUCUGCACUGCUAAUCAGGAUGUUUAAUGAAAAAGGAACUUUGAAGGAUCUGAUCUACAAGGCAAAACCAAAGGAUCCAUUCCUAAGGAAGUACUGCAACCCUAAGAAGAUUCAGGGCCUUGAACUCCAGCAGAUAAAAACAUAUGGGCGACAGAUACUAGAGGUACUAAAGUUCCUACAUGACAAGGGGUUUCCUUACGGGCAUCUUCAUGCCUCCAACGUGAUGCUGGACGGUGACACUUGCCGGCUGCUGGACCUUGAGAACUCUUUACUGGGCCUCCCUUCCUUCUACCGGCCCUACUUCACACAGUUCAGGAAGAUCAAUACAUUGGAAAGCGUGGAUGUCCACUGCUUUGGUCACUUACUGUACGAGAUGACUUAUGGACGACCGCCUGACUCGGUGCCUGUGGACUCCUUUCCUCCUGCACCAUCCUUGGCUGUGGUGGCCGUGUUGGAGUCUACGCUGUCUUGUGAAGCCUGUAAAAAUGGCAUGCCUACCGUCUCCCGGCUCUUACAGAUGCCGUUAUUCAGUGAUGUUUUAUUAACCACUUCUGAAAAGCCACAGUUUAAGAUUCCCACAAAAUUAAAAGAGGCAUUGAGAAUUGCCAAAGAAUCUAUAGAAAAGAGACUAAUUGAAGAACAGAAACAGAUUCACCAGCAUCGAAGACUGACAAGAGCUCAGUCACACCAUGGAUCUGAAGAAGAAAGGAAAAAGAGAAAGAUUUUGGCUCGGAAGAAAUCAAAACGAUCUGCUAUUGAAAACAGUGAAGAACAUUCAGUGAAGUACAACAACUCUAACAAUUCAGCAGGAUCUGGGGCCAGCUCACCUCUCACAUCCCCAUCAUCUCCGACUCCGCCUUCUACAGCAGUUCCUCUAACAAGGGCUCCUCAUAUGGAAAACUAGUACACAACAAGCACAGCCUUGAGCUUCAUUCUGUGCGCGGCAUCAAGGGAUCCUAGAAAGUAGCCACUUCCUGGUCUGUGGCCUUCAGGCAAGUAGGCUGUAAGUCCUUGAUGGAUAUCCUCAGGGUUCCUCUGCCUUCAGGGCCUCUGCUGGGCAGAGGCGGACCUAGGCUUUCAGCUGCUUACCCUGGCUAGACUUGGAGGACAGGAAGGCUGGCUUUUCUUGGCCUGUCUUUCUCACUGCACUCUGCACACUGCUUAUCCUGCUGUGGGAUUCAUUUACCCCAAUUUGCAACCUGACUUCUAGGCUAAGUUUAUGGGUUUAAGUCAAGGGUAGUGUCUUCUGGGUUUAUGAUGAAUUACUGUUUUCAGAGAGGAAGGAGCCAGGUGUGGUGGUGCACACCUAUAAUCCCGAGCACUCUGGGAAGCUGAGGCAGGAGGAUUACAAAGUGAAACCCAGAGUGGACAGUUUAGCAGUUUAGCAAGACACUGUCUCAAAAUAAAAAAGGGCUAGGGUUGUAACUCAGUGUGAAGGUCCUGAGUUCAAUCCUCAGUGCAACCACCAAAAAAAGAAAAGGAAAAAAAUAUCUUUGUUUUCAAGGACUAAUAUUAAUGAAAGAAUUCCUACAAAAGAUAGCGUCUCAAUCACAAACACAGAACUUGAGACCUGCACCAAUGGUGUGGGAGUCCUAAGCUUGGGAGCCACUGCUUCCUGGUUCUGGAACCUUAGCCAGGUGCUUGGCCGCCAGGUGCCUCCAGUUCACAAAGAGAGAAGCUAGGGUACUGCCCCUGUUCAGCUGUUGGAAGGGUUCUGUGAAUUACAUGUAGGGGCCGUGCCCAGCACCUGGAAAGCCAUUCACACAGUUCGCUGCUCAGACCUCCAGCCAGUCUGUAUCUCUGGCCAGGUUUUGGUUAUCUCCUCUGUAAAAUGCAGAAAGCAGAAGUUAGAGGAGACCCUCCCCAAGUCCCUCACCAGGCACGCUGUAAAUCUGCUGUGGACUCUAUCUCCCAGCUGUGGGCUCAGCAGUUACCUUAGCCAACUCUGCAACUUAGGCAAGUUGAAUUUCUUCUGAAAGCAUCAAUUUUCAGUUCAUUGAUGUAACUCAUGUCUUCCUCUCAGUUACCUUUAGCAUGGGGCAGAUGUGACAUGUUGUUACAUACAGAGGUCUCACUCCCCUGGGUCCUUUCCAGCAAGUAGGCUCCUCCCUUUUCUCUCUGCAGCACCUUCUCAUGGGGCAUCUUGAGGUUUUUACCAAAUUGAUGGGAGGAAUAUCAUCUCCCUACGUCUGCUGACAGUUCUGUCUGGUGACGUGACAUUCUCUAAUUCUGCAAUCCUUUUUUUGGUAAGAACAUUGAUUUUUUUUUUUUUUCUCUCUUUUGGUACCGGGGAUCGAACUCAACGACCGCCUGCUUGCAAGGCAGGUGCUUAUGCUGCUGAGCUAAAUCCCCAGCCCUGAGAACAUUGAUUUUUGCUAAAGAUUGUUUUCUGUCUUAGGAAAGUCACACCUUCAAGAAGUUUAAAAUUCUUACCCCGAUUUAUUUCAUGGUAAAUGUCAUCAAUUAAUGUUUCUGUGAACACACUGAGCUGAGUAGUUUAAAAGGUCCCAAUUUAUAUACACAUAAGUAAAUACUCCAUAACUCUGCCCCUGUCACUUUAGGAGCAGAUGGUCCUGUCACUUUGCUGUCUUUGUUUUGUUUUUAUUUUUUUAAAGCAGAUUUGUAAGAAUAUUUUAGGAAAGCUAAAGAAGACAGGAUGCUAAAUUGUUUUUUAUAAACACAGCUAACUUAUUUUGUGCUAGCUACUGUUCUAAUUGGCUUUUGGUCAUUGUUUCAUUUAAUCCUCAUGAAUAUCUUUCUAUCCAGUGAGAGCAGAUUCCAUUUCAGCUCCGUUUUACAGAGAAGAAACUGAGGCUCUAGUACAAUUCAGAUGAAGCAACCAGUGUCACACAGGCAGGGGCUGGUGCUAUAGCCGGGAUUUCACCUCGGCAUGCCUCUAAUCAUUUUUCCGGCUCACUUACUGCACGCCUGGCUGUAGUUGCUCUGCAGUGCCUGCGCUGUUAGAUAGACACUGUGCCUGGCUCCUGAGACCAGACCCUGGAUGUAGAACCAGGAAACCUGGCCUGAGCCCUAACUCUGCACUUGUCUGCUGUGACCUUGGGCAAGUAAUUUCCAUUUUUCAAAGCUGUGUUUGAAGAGAACAUGUGCUCCCUCCCUCUGAGGGGGACAGUAUAAACGCCGAGCUCUGUAAGCAGUGAAGCACCGUCAGGUAUACGCCAGGAAGGCCCUGAUGUCCGAGAACUGUAGCCCUCCAUGCAUGCACUUUAGUGUUAAGCAGUAAUUUUGAGGAAGGAGAAGCCAAGUUUGUACAAAACCUGGUUUGGAAGAAUGAGUGGAGGAAAGAGAAGUUUCAGGUCUGGAGCUGGAAGGACCGAAAUGGUAGAGAAUGACUGAGGGCUUAAAGAACUGGAAGGAGGGUGAAGACGGGGAGCGGGGUUGGCACAAAAAACAGUGAGUUUUGGAGUGCUGGUGCUUUCAGAAUGUGUUAGCCGAAUCAGAGCCUAGAGCCUGUCAAGGUUUGAAAUGGAUGUCUCUGCCAGAAGAAUCACCUCCUUCUCAAAAGGGGAGCACACUUUACAAAGCUGCACUUGGAGGUGAGCAGAGUGCCCUGCAGACCUGCUCUGUGCAGCCUGCUGCUCUGCGCUGCAGCCGGCUGGCCUCUCCUGGUGCUGGCCUGUGUCUUCCUCCUCUCCCUCCUCGCAGCCCCAUCCCAGUGCGGGGCUCCUCAGAGUCACCCUAGGUGAGGGCUGGGGAGGGGGAAGCCUCCCAAUGUGCCUUAUGGGUCCAGGGCUGCAGCGGGCAGUGUGAGCAGUCUGCCUUGCCCUUGUCCCCAGGCCUCCCUAGGAGGGGCUCUUCCCUGAAAGUGGGGAGUGGGAACUCAGAUUCACUGGCCUGGAAAGAAUUAUCUUUCACUUUUAACACGCAGUCUGCUCACUUUAAGAGACAGCAUGGGAAAUGUUUGCCUUGCUUUUUCUUAUUAAGUGGCUGUCAUGCCCUCAGAGGAGGACGGCAGGCAGCCCGGCAGCUCUGCCUCAGGUCCACUCUAUGCUUUUGCUCUCCACAGCUCUAAACUGAUGUAAGUCUCUGUUUUACUCAGUAGAAGACCUGCUUUGAGGAGCAUUUCAGACUUUCUUUAGCCUUCUCCUUUUUUUUUUUUUCCAAUUCCUUUUCUAUCCCCUUCCCUUCACUUUCCCUCCCUCAAUCUUUCCUUCCCCUUUUGAUAAACUGUCCUUAUUUAGUGGGAGAAUGGUCUAUCCUGGAGACAUCUGUUGUGCUCUCCAAGGGAAGGAAGACCUCAGGGUGCUUUUUGAAGUGAAUGUUAUACUUCUAAAUAAAUAAACACAGUACCUAACUGGCUCAAGAAUGUGAAGAGGGAGGUGGCUCCCUGGUCACUCUAGUAGUGUGUGUGUGUGUGUGUGUGUGUGUGUGUGUGUGUGUGUCAUGUUUAACAUGUUCCUGUGCCCUGAGCCACCCGUGGCCAUGCAUGCUUGUGCUGUCAGGUGGCCUGGGACAGUCAUGUGUGGACUGUGGGGAGUUGGGAGCUACCAGCAGUGAAACAAACAAAUUAUGGCCCUGAUGUGAACAAAUGUGUGAAAAGGGUCAUGUCAUAUUUAUAAACCAGGGCAUUUUUCAUUGAGAAUAAUUAGUGUGUGAUUCAGGCUAGUAUUUUACUGUUACUGUUUGAUUAAAUGACACAAAAACUUGAAUAAUGACUUGUGUCCCCUUUCUCUCUUUCUCUUUGCUGU